AUGCCGCUUUUAAAUAAGAUACCAAAAUUAGAACGUUGUUGCGGAUGUGUCACAGACCUUAAAGUCGCUGCGGCUAUAAUCGCAGUUCUUGGUAUUGUAACAAGCCCUAUUAUUUCUUGGGUGAUAGUGAGGCAUGCAUAUGUUAUACGAGUCACAUGUGUUGUAACGACGAAUAUAUCACGCCCUGACGUUAUAGAUAUAAAUCUUCACAAUGCUCUAAGUUUCGGUUUUGGUGCAAAUGCUGGCCUUGGUCCAUCUUGUCUGAGCAUUACAUCUGGUAAUGACGCCGCCGGAAGUAGAAGCAAAUCAAACUUUGUUCAAUUUGUUAGAUUCAGCGGAUGGGUGGUACUUUUAGCGGAUAUUGCUUUCCUCAUUAGCAGUGUCAAUUUCCUCAUCAAAAUCUUUAAGGGUCUAGAUAAACAAGCAUCACUAGUCUUUAUAGGUACUGGUCUACUUUCAAUAAUACUGUCUUUCAUGUACGGAGUAUUGUAUGUGUCUGCCUGUAUGCAUGUCGGUGGCAGAUUUCCAGUUUUCGAGUUUUUUUUCGCAAUGAUCGACUUAAUAAGU